UAUCGACGCAGAUAGAGGCGCCUCCAAAGCGCGUUACGUUACUGUCGUCGUCGACGCCCCACUUGUUCGAAUACUCCUUCCCUCUGUAUAUACUUUGGCCGCGCUGCCAUCUGCUGGGGCUGGAGCGAUACGACCCCUGGACGGCCCACCUUGCCCUUUGCGUGCAUCACCGAGACCGAGUGAAGACACAGCGAGAACGGCUUCCCGCACGCGGUGCUAGCAGAUGGCGUCUACGUACGCACUGCCUAUCGCGCCCACCUCGCAUGCCCACGGCCAUGGGCGCUCACAAUCGCAGUCGCACUACUUCUCUGCAGCCUCCCCAAAUCGCAAGACCCUUUCGCCGGUAGAGGAAGCGAACAAGCCUACGUCAGGGCACCAACACCGACGAUCAGACAUGAGCGGGCAGCUGUACGGCGCGGUGCGUUCACCGUACGCCGAGUACAACAACAACAAUGCGCACAACCACAGCCAUGGACACAGCCAUUCCCACUCGCACGCCCACACCAAUUCGAACGGCUCCACGCACAGCCUGACGUCUUUCGCAAAUGGUAGGACAAAUGGCAGGCUGGGCUUGGACUCGCCGCAAACGCCGAGGAAGAACGCAGCAGCCGCAAAGUAUGGCCUGUUCUCGCCAGUGCAAGAGUCUGCACCGGUGCCGCCAUCCUCAUCGUUGCUGGUCCUUCCUGAAGCCCUCACCGCGCUGCUUAUCCCCCUCCCAUUCCUCCUUGCAUCGAUAGCAUACCCGAGCGCCGCACGAAGGCUGCCUGCAACACUAUCAGAAGCUCUUGUCGAGAAUGAGCCCGCAGUCGCCGCCAAGGCCGCCGCAAACGAAGCCUACCUCUUGAAUGCCCUCUUCCUUACAUCAGCGACAUUGCUUGUCGUGGGACUGAUAGGACGGGUUCGAUCGAGCUUAGAUCAGCCGCUGGAUCGCCGGAAGGCGGAGAGCUCCAGGAGUAUAGCAGCAGCAUUGAGUGAUGUCUCCAGUCUCAAGCAGACCUUCGGCAAUAUCGCUGGUAUCUUGCUGCCAUUCUUUGCUACCAUGCAGAUUGGCGGCGCGAAGACGGCCUUAGUGCUUCUUACUGCAGUUGCAGCAGGACUUGGUGCUACUGACCACAGACCGGGCAAGCACACACAUUGGGACGAUAUGAAACGGACUUUACGGACUCGGCGAACGACGUUUGCAGUCCUGCUGAUUGGAACCAUCGUGGAUGUGUUCGCCUGGGGCCAUCCAGCCUGUGCCUUGCUCGGAUAUGGUGCUUUGUUCACCUCCAUAUUCGCGGCUCCACCACCUCUACCAACCGCUGGUUGGUCUUUGAUUACAGGGAGCCAGACUCAAGACUCGUACAUGGGCAAAAAAUCUGCGCGAGCCUCCUUGCCCAAACCGUCUUCACCUCUCAUCAGCACUCGGGAGGCUACACUGCUGACUUGCGUAUCCGGCGUUGGGCUUAUGGUCAUCACCCUCCUGUAUUCGAUUUUUGUUCCUUCAACCACGUCUCUUUCGCAACACACCAUCAUUUUCACGGCAUUAUCAGUAGCAUCAGCGACGGCGCUUGUUUUCUUUUCGCAGUCCGCAACUCUACGCAGCCAUAAGUACGUCGGACUGCAUCUCGGCGGCCUUCUUGUUAUUGCCUUCACAGGGUGGCAGACUGCGCCAGAGUGGUAUCAUGUGCUAUUCACUGGCUUGUCUUACAUACUUUUCGCGUCCGGCGUUUCGUGGGAUACCCGCACUCACGCACACUCGCACGCCCACGAUCACGCACAUGCUGGUCAUGGCCACGCCCACGAACACAAACACGAACACCACCUCCACGCGAAUCCCUCCAGAAUCUCGACAUUCCUCAUCGCACGAACGACACCCGGCUCAGUCAUUCACAGCAUCAUGAUCGAAAGGGAUUCGCGCCGAAUUGCGUACUUUGGCGUUCUCAAUCUCAGCUUCAUGGUUGUGCAAUUCUUUUAUGGAUUUGUCACUGGCUCCUUGGGUCUGCUCACCGACAGUAUCCACAUGCUCUUCGAUUGCGCUGGUCUUGCUGUCGGUCUGGCAGCCGCAGUUAUGAGUAAAUGGCGCCCCAACGCACGCUUCCCGUACGGGUACGGCAAGAUCGACACCUUGUCUGGUUUUGCCAACGGAGUCUUUCUUCUGCUUGUCAGCGUAGAGAUCAUCUUUGACGCAUUCGAGCGUUUGUGGGAGGGCCAUGAACUGCAACGACUCAACGAACUCCUGAUUGUCAGUGUUCUCGGCUUCCUCGUCAACAUCGUGGGCCUCACCGCUUUUGGCCACGCACAUCACGGUCAUGGACAUUCGCACGAUCACGGGGACCAUGACCAUGGCCACGGCCAUUCCCACGAUAACGAGAAUAUGCAGGGAAUCUUCUUGCACAUCCUUGCCGAUGCACUCGGCUCCGUCGCCGUGAUCAUCUCUACGUUGCUAACCAAGUACUACGGCUGGUCCGGCUGGGAUCCGAUCGCGUCAUGCAUCAUCGCCAUCCUGAUCUUCUUGUCUGCAAUUCCGCUCGUCAAGAGCGCUGGAAUGCGCUUGAUGCUGUCUCUACCGACUGACGCGGAGUACGGCGUGCGCAACACCCUGCAGGAGCUUAGUUCGCUCCGCGGCGUCGUUGGCUACACAGUGCCAAAGUUCUGGUUGGAAGAUGAGGGCGCGGCACACGCAGAAUCUCAUGCAAAGGAGCAUCAGCAUGAUGGCUGUGAUGGCGGCCAUGACCAUGACCACGACCACGACCACGAUCACGCAGACGGGCACAAGCACAAGCAUUCCGGACAUGACCAUGACCACGGCCACUCGCACUCACACUCGCACUCGAACGGCCAUGCGCAUGCACACGGCCACGAUCACGACCACAGUCACGGCUCCGGCAAGCAAAGGAUCCUCGGCGUCAUCCACAUAAUUGCCGCGUACGCCGCAGAUCUUGAAGAUGUGCGCGAGCGUACAGUUCAGUUCUUGAAGGGCAGAAAUAUGGAUGUUGUCGUACACGUUGAGAAAGAGGGCGAUGGACGGUGCUGGUGCGGCGGUGGGAACAAAGUGAGCUAAGCUCGCUCACGCACGCACAUAUGAUUAUGACAUACUUUUCGCGUUCUUGUACAGCAUUUAGGCGGUGUUCCAGGGACGGGAGUGUGUAUGUACAUCGUGUAGGAACAAGAACAUACUUCGAAUCCAUGCUACCCGGGUGUAUCACGUGCAAACUGACGGUACAAGAGCACGUCAAGCACACUUGGUCUUCAUCUCUCUAUCAAAGGUUUGACCCCG